AUGGAGUUGCCGUUCCAGUGGGAUGACGGGAAUUUUAUCUCCCCAUUCGUUGCCAGCAGCGCAGACGCGUUGGCGGCGCUUGCGGCGUGGAUGAAGGACUCGCCGCUGCUUCAGCUGCAACACGGCGGGGCACUGCGGCUCACAGACCUCGGCUGCGGCGACGGCGCCGCGCUGCUGUCCCUGAGCGCCGCGUUGUGCGCGCCGCAAGGCGCCGGCGACCACAGUGACGACGUGGCCCCUCUGCAGCUGACGGUCGUCGGGUUGGACCUUGACGAGGAACUCGUCCUCGCCGCGCGGCGUCGCGCGGCGGCACUGACGGUGCCGCCGCCGCACCGUCUUCACUGCACCUUUGCGACCGCCGAUUUGCGCCACUUGGAGGUGGCGCGGCACUUUCCUCGCUCCGAGGCCGGCAGCCAUGUGGUGUUUUUGUACCUGUUGCCGGAGGGGCUGGACGCCGUCCGUGCGACGCUGUUGGAGGUCUUCUCACGCGUUGGGCUGCUUGUGUCAAACCGCUGGGAGGUGCCAUUUCUCGCCCAGUGGAAGCUGACGCAGCUGCACGGCCUGCACCUCUACCGCUACGUGGAGGAUGGGGCGGGGCAGACCUGA